UUGUCAGCCAUAUUUGUUUUCUCUAGCGACUGGACCAACAUGUAUGGGUAAAAUGUUAUGAAUCCUCCGAUGACGGAACUAAGUUAUCAAGCUAUCCGCACAGCCAACCAGGCUCGGGAGGCGGAUGAGCUUAGGACUGAAAGUAGGAAGAAGAACCUGCUUAUUUUAGUCCUGAAUUACAUGCAUGAAGAAGGCUACCUGGAUUCUGCACAAAGUUUAGCCAAGGAGACGAACAUAGACCUAAGUAAAUAUGAAGUGUGUGAUAACAUCGACCUGGAGACCAUCCUCAUGGAGUAUGAGUCAUACUACUAUGUCAAAUUUGCCAAGUAUCCAAAGAUCACCAAGAAACUCACACAGAGUGGACAUCCAGCAGGUGAUGGCCGAGGGAGGGCGCCUCAUAAGAUGACACGAGCCAACAGAAACAAUAAAGACAGCAUUAGACGGAGAACCGAGUCGGGUCACUCUGGCAACAAAUCAGCAUCCACAACACCAUCCCUUCCCAGGAUUCCACAGAAUGUCCGUCCGCCAAGUCCUCCAACAUCUGGACGUCCUAAAUCCGGUGCAAAUCGCCAGAGAGCUGUACAGUCAUCCACAAGGCCACGUGCUAAUGGACACGACCGUUCUGACAAGGCCGUGAAUGGAAUGGCUAACGGAGAUAUGGGUCUAGCUUUACAGGGUCUCACUGUCCAGGGGUCAAACAGUAACCCAGACAACAGGAUUGUAGAAGAACCUUCCAAAAAAGUGAGAGCGCCAGGUCAGAUUAUAGACAUCAGGUCAAUGAUUAAUGAGGCCACUAGGAUGUCCGCAGAGGAAGGUACUGACCAGAAUGACCGACUAUUGAAGCCUCUAGGAGGAUACGUAGGGUACAAUUCUGAAUGGAGGGAACUCGCCCAGGUUAUUAGUAGGGACAUUUACUCACAAGACCCCAACGUAAAGUGGGACGAUAUUAUAGGUCUAGAUGAAGCUAAGCGGUUAUCAAAGGAAGCCGUAGUGUAUCCAAUUAAGUAUCCACAAUUAUUCAAAGGGAUACUGUCUCCAUGGAAGGGACUCCUACUAUAUGGACCCCCAGGGACAGGAAAGACAUUAUUAGCAAAGGCAAUCGCCACAGAGUGUAAGACAACAUUCUUCAACAUAUCUGCAUCUACUAUAGUCAGCAAGUGGAGGGGAGACUCAGAGAAGCUAGUCAGGGUGCUAUUUGAAAUGGCUAGAUACUAUGCGCCCUCCACAAUAUUCCUGGAUGAAUUAGAAGCUAUUAUGAGCCAAAGAGGUUCAAGCGGUGGAGGAGGAGAACAUGAAGGAAGCAGACGUAUGAAAACUGAACUAUUGGUGCAGAUGGACGGUCUAGCUAAGACAGACGAUCUCGUAUUCUUACUGGCUGCCUCCAACUUACCUUGGGAGUUGGACCAGGCCAUGCUGCGGCGACUGGAGAAGAGAAUAAUUGUUGAUCUGCCGACAUAUGAGGCGCGGAGAGCCAUGUUUAGGUAUUAUCUACCACAUAUAGUGUGUCCUAAGGAAGGCGGGCUGGAACUCCUGUCACACCUCGACUACGACUUGUUGGCAAAUAAAACAGAAAGCUACUCCGGCUCUGACUUAAGGUUGGUGUGUAAAGAGGCAGCCAUGAGACCAGUUCGAAAAAUAUUUGAUGCUCUGGAGAAAAACGACAAAGAUGGUGACCAGCUCCAUUUCCGUUUGGACACGAUAACAACCUCUGAUGUUUUAAAGGCAGUUGAUCGGACUAAACCCUCUGCCUCCAAACUAAAGGAGAAAUACAAUGCCUGGCAGAGAGAGUAUGAGUCUGUGUGAUACCUGGAGCAGGUCUGAUGAAGACACCCAGAUUUGUAGUUAUUGUGCACACUGUGUACAGAUCUAGACAACGUCUGAUUUGUACUGUUUCUGAUUUACAGACUCACAAAUAAUCUUCACACUCAGAUUGAACCAUACCCAAACUUCAACAAAAUACACAUCGUUGGACCACUCAUAUAUUAGAAGUAGUUUGUGGCAAGACACAGACACCUUCGAUUGUAUGUAAGUCAUACAUGUUUCAACAGAAAGGCUCACUGAGGACUCAAUCUGAGUGUCACCUGACUGGCUAUUUUACCUGUGAUUUCUGUCAAGUAAGAGUUACUGUAGCAUGUAAAGUUUACAUGUAAGAUUCAAAGAUACAGUACCUGUAAGGUGUACUUGUACGAGUCUGAGGUACCUAUAAGAAUCUGAGGUACCUGUAAGGUGUACUUGUACGAGUCUGAGGUACCUGUAAGAAUCUGAGGUACCUGUAAGGUGUACUUGUACGAGUCUGAGGUACCUGUAAGAAUCUGAGGUACCUGUAAAGUGUACUUGUACGAGUCUGAGGUACCUGUAAGAGUCUGGGGUACCUGUAAGAGUCUGGGGUACCUGUAAGAGGUACAUGUAAGAGUCUGGGGUACCUGUAAGAGGUACAUGUAAGAGUCUGGGGUACCUGUAAGAGGUACAUAUAAGAGUCUGGGGUACCUGUAAGGUGUACAUGUAAGAGUCUGGGAUACCUGUAAGAGGUACAUGUAAGAGUCUGGGGUACCUGUAAGAGGUACAUAUAAGAGUCUGGGGUACCUGUAAGAGGUACAUAUAAGAGUCUGGGGUACCUGUAAGAGGUACAUGUAAGAGUCUGGGGUAUCUGUAAGGUGUACAUGUAAGAGUCUGGGGUAUCUGUAAGGUGUACAUGUAAGAGUCUGGGGUAUCUGUAAGAGGUACAUGUAAGAGUCUGGGGUACCUGUAAGAGUUACAUGUAAGAGU